CAACCCUACAGACGGUUAUAAUUAUACAGCAAGAAAAUCAAAGAGAAAAGCAACUACAUAUACACAGCGCAAGACCACUUGUACUUGAGUCACCUCCAGCAACAUGGAAGCUUCUAUGGUGCCAGAGAUGUCUGUCAAAUCAGCCCAGCAUGAGCCAUUGCAUCUGCACACUAUACCCCCUUGGAAACGCUACGAGUCAGAAGAAGAGGAUGUCUCCGAGACAAGCUCCCAGAGCGUGUUUUCCCCCACUGAGGGCGACGUAUCCGCCGAGUCUGAUGCAGAUGAAUCAGUUAGCGACCUGGCAGAGUACGUCGACGCCGAAAUGCUUGCCCCGACAUAUUACAAUCCGUCUUCGGAUGACUCGUCCAGUCUGUAUUCAAAUCGUCUUUCGAUCAUAACGGCAAAACGUAGUAGUGCUGCAACCUGCGUCCCUAAUAACUAUGGGCAAGACACGUCUACUAUUGACGAUAAUGAGGAUGUGUCUCCGUUGACAGACUACAUGACUCCACCGGUUUCUCCAAUUUACUUAUCAGCUGUAUACUACGUGCCAGACGGAUCCGAGAGUUCGUCUCGGGACGAAGCAGAUGCUGAAGAUAACGAUGAACCCGAAUGGCAUGAAGUGUCUGAAGCAAAACAGGUGUUUUUCACAGCACCUACUUCUAAACCUAGUAUUAUCAUUAUUCAGAAUGUCACAACUGAAGCUAUUCUAACUGCUCGAAUGGGUAAUCCGGUUGAAAAUCAACAAUCUACUGAGCAGAAUGUUUCGGACAAUCUCCGCAAGAGGUCCUCCACCAAGAGAUCUUCAAGUGCAUCGGGAAUGACUACUUCUCCGGACCGCUCAAAACGUUAUUCGGCCAUAUUCUCCCGUGAAUUCACCCACAACGGCGAGGCUGCAUAUCUCGAUUCUCGAAAUCGUACACGAGCAUACUCUUCACAAAGCCCAGCACGAAACUCAUCUCAUCCAAGGACAUCACGAAAGGACAGCAACGCCAGUACAAAUACAAACUCUUCAGAACGACAACAAUCCCGUCCACGCCGCAAUCCAUCUCUUCGCUCUUAUUCCAGAAGCAGCAGUCGACAUACACCAGACUACGAACCACCACCAAACUACUCACGACCACGCUCCAUUCGCAGCUCAAGUGUUGCCAGCGACAUGACAACCAGAAGCUCGGUGUCUUGGAAACAAGUGCACACAUAUAAUUGCUCAUCCUCUUCCUCCGUCGUCGAUCAUCCCACCUCAUCAUCACCUCCACCGGGCGAAAACGAACCCACAAAACCAACACCCCAUCCCCUCUCAAUAAUCACAACACCAACAUCUCCAGUAACCGCAGAUUUCCAACAACAACAACCGAGAUUCACACAGUCAGCAAUCACAUCCCACCAUACCUUUGACUGGUCCCCCGUCAUCGAAUAUCGACGAUCAUCUACCCACCCAAUGCAAAAGACAUUCCCCUAUUCUCGCCUCCAUAAUCCAUCUUUAUCUCUAAGUAUUGCCACUACCCCUGAGAAUCUUGAUCUUUCACGAACUCGGACUCGAAGUGGUUCCAUGGCACCUACCACAACAUCUACGACACAAAAACCAUUCAUAUCUACAGCGACCUCGUCAACGACCAGCAAAUCAUCCAAUCAUUCACAUUCGUCCAGUACAAUGAGGUUAUUAAUGGGCGGAUUUCGGGGUCUAGGGAAACAACGUUCCCAUAAAUAA